CCGGAGCUUGUGGCGUCAAAGCGCUCGCCGUGUCCAUGGAGAGAGGCUCAAGCGGCCGAGCUCCGGCCUGAGGCCCCGGGGCUCUGGGACGGCGAGGAUGUCGGCUUCGCUCGUCCGGGCCACUGUCCGGGCAGUGAGUAAGAGGAAGCUGCAGCCCACCCGGGCUGCCCUCACGCUGACACCUUCAGCAGUAAACAAGAUAAAACAACUUCUUAAAGAUAAGCCUGAAAACGUAGGUGUAAAAGUUGGUGUACGAACCAGGGGGUGUAAUGGUCUUUCUUACACUCUGGAAUACACAAAGACAAAAGGAGAUUCUGAUGAAGAAGUUGUUCAAGAUGGAGUCAGAGUAUUCAUCGAAAAGAAAGCACAGCUAACACUUUUAGGAACAGAAAUGGACUAUGUUGAAGACAAAUUAUCCAGUGAGUUUGUGUUCAAUAACCCAAACAUCAAAGGAACAUGUGGCUGUGGAGAGAGCUUUAAUAUUUGACUCCCUGACUGCUCUACCUGUAAGCCCCAGGAAGAUGGACGCCCUGGGACUUAAUGAAGAAUUCAUGUGGCUGUCACAUGCUUAAAGUUUAUAAUGUAUGGCUGCCUUUUGUGGAAAAUAAAGUGAUGCAUUUUGAAAAUGAAGCCAGUGUGUUAGAUUCCAGAAAAAGUGGUAUUUGUACUUGUUUUGAAGGACAGAAAAUGAGACACCAUUGCUCUUGGGGGUCAUUUUUCUUAUUCUACCCUUCACUUAACUCUCUGACUUUCUUCCUGUUAGAGCCAGUUUUGUGAAAGUUGCUUUCCUGGACGAAUUUUAGGAAGUGUGUUCUUAAUAGGUAUGUACUUAAUGGCUUUGAAUGUGCACCUCUCAACCAAAUUAAUAGAAUUCCGAGUCUGGAAGACUGCUGGUGCAACAAGGUGGCACAUGGUCUUUUUACCCAGACAUAGAAAGGCCAUACCAUGUUUUUUAUCUAAAAUUUCAUCGUCAGGUGCCUCAUUUGCUUAGCCUUUAGGAAUACAACCAUUAGAUGGAGAGUACAGGACAAAAAUUUCUUUGAAAUAUAGUGUAUAAUAAUACUGAGUGAAGGGAUCAGAAGGUGAAUACUUCACCUACCUGUUACUUAAUCCAUUUCUUUUGCCAUCCUACGAGUCCACUCGGAGAUGAGAUCUUAAACUGACUUGGAUGCUUUUCAUUGGGAGGUCUAUUAAAGCCGUCUAGCCCACCCCCCCAGUUUUAUACCUGGGGAACCAAAACCCCAGGAAAGCUGAAGGGUUUUUGUCCACCCUCGCACUGCAGGCUUGGGUAGGGGCAGAGCUCAGACCAACCUUAUUUCCCCUGCCUUGUGGGUGACAUGUGAGCUCUGAGGCAGUCAGGGACAGUAAAUAGGUGAUCUGACUUCCUUAUCCAGUCAGCUUUUUAGAAAGUUUCUUUGUAACUUGAUGGAGAUCAUAUUUAGUUUUGUUUUGAGUGAGAAUCUUACUUUUAAAACCCAUUUAUGUGAAUAACUAUCUUGUUUCUUUAAAACUAUGAAAGAGUAGUUUCUAUUAGCAGGGAAGAAGAAUUAGAGAAGAACCCAGAAUUAUUCUUUUGGAAUGUAGUAGUAAUUGUAAAGCAGAACACGGGGGUCUUUUCUUAAAAAUCUCAAUGUUUGUACAUCUUCAGGAUCCUAAAUCUAAUCACUAAAAUUUUUAAUCCUAAUAUUUUAAGCUAACAUUUUUAUCACCAACUUGUCUUUAACCAUAUUCAUUUUGUCAUUUAGUUACUGCUCUUCCUAGGUUUAACUAUUUUGUGAGAUGGCAGAUAGGCUUUUUGGAAAGCUGAUUCUCAUGAAUUGAAGUAACUGAGUUCCUUUGUCAUAUUUACUUAAGUACCUGGCACAAAAUGCACUACGACCUGAACCGGUAGCUUUAUGUAAAUGCUCCUGACUCUGUAUCAUUAAUAUAAUUGUCAAUCCACUUAUAAUUUGUGCAAUACUGUAUGUGUGUAAAGAUUGAGUUGUCAAUAAAAAAAAAAGUGCCCUAUUUGUG